GAGAAGGAGGAGGGCGGCGGGGGGUGGGGGGAGCGGAGCGGAGCCGCCGGGGCACCCAGCGGAUCCCCAGCGCCCGCUUAACCGCUGGGAGCACCCCGCGGGCCCCCCCCCCCCCGGUGAAGGGAGCGGGGCGCGGCGAGGGGGGGGUGGGGAGGAAGGCCGGGAGCGGCCCCCGCCACUAAACCACCACCACCAUCAUCAUCAUCAUCAACCACCGCCAAACCAUCACCACCAUGUCCGGGCGCGGCCACAACAAGCUGCCGACCACCGAGCGCAUCGUCAAGGCUGUCCCGUUUCCUCCCACGCAGCGGCUCACUCUGAAGGAGGUGUUUGAGGAUGGGAAGCCUAGGCUUGACGUCUUGAAGAGCCACUUGGUGAAGGAAGGACGCCUGGAAGAGGAUGCGGCGCUGAAGAUCAUCAAUGAUGGGGCUGCCAUCCUUAGGCACGAGAAGACAAUGAUUGAAGUGGAGGCUCCGAUCACAGUGUGCGGUGACAUUCAUGGGCAGUUUUUUGACCUGAUGAAGUUGUUUGAAGUUGGAGGAUCACCCAAUAACACCCGCUACCUCUUCCUGGGAGACUACGUGGACAGAGGCUACUUCAGUAUAGAGUGCGUGCUGUAUUUAUGGAGUUUAAAGAUAAAUCAUCCCAAAACAUUGUUCCUCCUUCGAGGGAACCAUGAGUGCAGGCACCUCACAGAAUACUUCACCUUUAAGCAGGAAUGUCGAAUCAAGUAUUCGGAGCGAGUGUAUGAUGCGUGUAUGGAUACAUUUGACUGUCUUCCUCUUGCUGCCCUCUUAAACCAGCAAUUUCUGUGUGUUCACGGAGGGCUGUCUCCAGAAAUCACGUGUCUAGAUGACAUUAGGAAAUUAGACAGGUUUAAGGAGCCUCCAGCCUUUGGUCCAAUGUGUGACCUGCUGUGGUCCGAUCCAUCAGAGGAUUACGGCAAUGAGAAAACGUUGGAGCAUUUCGCCCACAACACUGUUCGAGGCUGCUCUUAUUUCUACAGUUAUCCUGCAGUUUGCGAAUUUUUGCAGAACAAUAGUUUGUUAUCUGUAAUCCGAGCUCACGAAGCCCAGGAUGCUGGGUACCGAAUGUACAGGAAGAGCCAGACAACAGGCUUUCCGUCAUUAAUCACAAUCUUCUCUGCACCAAAUUACCUAGAUGUCUAUAACAACAAGGCUGCUGUACUGAAAUAUGAAAACAAUGUCAUGAACAUCAGGCAGUUCAACUGUUCCCCUCAUCCGUACUGGCUUCCAAACUUCAUGGAUGUCUUCACAUGGUCUUUGCCUUUUGUAGGGGAAAAGGUCACAGAAAUGCUCGUUAACAUCCUCAACAUAUGCUCCGAUGAUGAGUUGAUUUCAGAUGGUGAUGAGACGUUGGAAGAUCACUACAUUUCAAGCUAUCAGAAAGGUACCCAGCUAGAAUUUGCUACAAGCUUAAUUUUCACUGCCUGUGCCACCAGAUUCCUUGGAGUGGAUUUGAAUAGCUGACUAGUUGGGCAGUCUCUUCAUCCCCUUUCAGUUUUAACAUAAGCGCCGUGUGUUUUUUAACCCUUCUGCGUUCCCCCAGGAACUUGAGAAACGGGGUCACGUUUCUAUCUGACUUCUGAAUGCAGCCACUUAGUGCAUGGCUGAGCCAUCGGUGCAUGUUAGACCUCCGGUUUGGCUUGUACUGUCCUAAUGUGUAGUUGGGCCAUGUGAGGAAUCUCAGCUGAGAGGAGAUGUAUUUGUUACCUCUUUUACUUUGAUUUUUUUUUUUUGUUGUUUCGUUUUCAGUUACCCUCCAUGCUUUUCUCUCCUGUUCGGUCUGUAUAGCGGAAGGGGAGUUCACAUAUCUCACUUUGUGUUUGUGUGGGGUCAAAGCAGAGUUGCAAGGCUCCGGCCAGCCGUUCACUGUGCGCGUUGGAUGCCAAAGCUGAUGCUUGUGUUGACACUCCUCCCCGCGGCGAGCACAGCCCGGUGUCUGCAGUGUUCAUCCGCAGUCAGAUUCGUCAGUGUUCUGCCUUGCAAAACUGUGUCUACAUGGCUGAGUCAUUUGUGUUACAUCCUGUGUAGUGUGAUCAAACCUGGUGAGCUUCGAACGAGACCUACCCGAUCCGUUUCCUUUGGUGGUUCUACUCUCUUUAGACCUUUAAGUCCGUGUGUCAUCUCGUUGGUGUUGCCCUUCUCACUGCCAUCCCGACCGCCAUCCUCUCAGCACUGUUCUCUCAAGAGCGUAGCUGUGAAUCUGUAAACCAUGAUUUCUUUUCCUGGAGUCAGGCAGGUGCUUCAUAUUGACGUUACCUGUGCCUGGAAAGCAGGAAACCUUGGACAUGCUGGUGUUUGUUUUUUUCUCUC